AUGACGGAGCGUCCAGUCGUCGCGGCGAGGGCCGCUGCCGCCGCCGCCACGGCGGGGGGGCCCCGGCGCGCCCGGGCCAUCGCGGCCGAGGCCCUGGUGGCGCUGCUAGAGAGCGGGCUGGACCGCGUGCUGCUCAUCGACAGCCGGCCCUUCGUGGACUACAACGCGGCGCACGUCCUGGAGGCGGUCAACGUCAACUGCUCCAAGCUGAUGAAGAGGAGGCUGCAGCAGGACAAGGUGCACAUCGCAGAGCUGCUGCAGCACUCGGCCAAGAGGAAGCUGGAGCUCCAGGGCGACCAGGAGGUGGUGGUGUACGACCUGGGCUCCACUGACCCCGGGUCCCUCCCCUCGGACAGCUUCCUCAGCGUCCUGCUGGCCAAGCUGGAGCGGACCUUCCCCUCGGUGCACCUGCUCGCAGGUGGGUUUUCCCAGUUCUCCCAGUUGUUCCCGGGCCUGUGCGAGGGCAAGGCCACGCUGGCCCCCUGCUGCGCCUCGUCCUCCCAGCCCUGCCCGCCCGUCACCAGCCCGGGGCCCACCCGCAUCCUGCCCCACCUCUACCUGGGCUGCCAGAGGGACGUGCUCAACAAGGACCUGAUGCAGCAGAACGACAUCGUGUUCGUGCUGAACGCCAGCAACACGUGUCCCAAGCCCGACUUCAUCUCCGACACACACUUCCUGCGCGUGCCCGUCAACGACAGCUUCUGUGAGAAGAUCCUGCCCUGGCUGGACAAGUCGGUGGAGUUCAUAGAGCGAGCCAAGGCGUCCAAUGGCCGGGUGCUGGUGCACUGCCUGGCGGGCAUCUCCCGCUCGGCCACCAUCGCCAUCGCCUACAUCAUGAAGCGCAUGGACAUGAGCCUGGACGAGGCCUACAGGUUCGUCAAAGAGAAGAGGCCCACCAUCUCCCCGAACUUCAACUUCCUGGGCCAGCUUCUGGACUUCGAGAAGAAGAUCAAAAGCCCCGUCGCUACGGACGCCAGGUGGUCCAACUCCGUCCAAUCAGAGGCGGCGGCGGAGGCGGAGCCGCCGGGGGCGCCCCGCGAGGCCGAGGGCGUCGGCAUGGGCGGGGCCUGCCCGGAGACUGAUGCGGCGGCGGCGGCGGCGGCGGCGGCGGCGGCGGCGGCGGGGGCGUGGCUAGAGCCCCUCACCCUGCCCUGCGUGCUGGCGGCGGGCCCCGAGGACCGGCUGCUGGCCCGGGCCCUCGGCGGCCUGCAGCUGGCCGCCGAGGGCCCCGAGGACAGCGCCCGGCUCAAGCGCUCCUUCUCCCUGGACAUCAAGUCGUACGGCGAGCUGGGCGGAGCCAGCGGCGUUGGCGUGGGCGUUGGAGGAGCAGCAGGCGGCGUUAGUGGGGGCGGUGGCGGCGGAGGAGGAGGUGGAGGUGGAGGUGCGCCUCACCGCGUCUUCGCCCCGCAGGGCGACGCUCCCGAGUACUUCAAGCCGUCGGCCUUCAAGGAGCCGGCCAGCAAGCCCUGCCAGUUCUCCCCCGUGGAGGAGGUGUCAGAGCAGUCCACGCCGGAGCACAGCCCGGACAAGGAGCGGGCGGACGGGCCCCGGGACCCCGGCGGCCCUCCCCAGCACUCCUCCAACAACACCAACAACACCACCUCCUCCUCCUCCUCCUCCUCGUCCUCCACCUCCACCACCAAGGAGCCCGGCCCCAAGCCGGCCCGGCUGCACCGCAGCGCCAGCCGGGAGGAGGCGACACACGGCGCCCAGACGGCCAGCUUCCUGCUGGGCCUGUCCCGCAGCCAGCAGCACCUGGCCCGCCCCGGUGCCGGGGGCUGCGCCCUGAAGGGCUGGCACUCGGACAUCCUGCUGGGGCCCGUCGCCGUGUCCACGUCCUCGCUGGCCGCCGGCUGGUACCUCUCCGCCGACGCCACGCGCUUCUACUCCACGUCCGCCGUCCUGGGCGGCGCCGGGCCCGGCGGGAACGUCGGCAACGUCGGGAACGUCGGCAACGGGGGCGGGGGCUUCGCGGCCUACAGCUGCUCUCAGGGUCUGGAGGCGGUGCGGCGGCGGGGGCGGCAGAAGAGCGGCGACCACGGGGACUCGCGGCGGAGCUGGCACGAGGAGAGCUCCUUCGAGAAGCAGCUGAAGAGACGCUCCUGCCAGAUGGAGUUUGGCGGCGGGAUGCUGGAGAGCCGGUCCCGGGAGGAGAUGGGGAAGGUGGGCAGCCAGGCCAGCUUCUCCGGCAGCAUGGAGAUCAUCGAGGUUUCCUGAGGGGGAUUGUAGUCCUAAGAACCUGGGGAUUGUAGUUCUUUUUCUUUUUGUAUAGACUUGAAUGGAUUUUUUUUUCUUUUUUGGAUUGGAUUUGGUUUUUUUGCGUUCCCGCCUAGUUGGGAUAACAUGGAAGACAAUUAAUAUAACCCAGGUUAGACCUUGAACUUUAGUGGCACUUUAAUACAGGAAGUGCGUUUCUUCAGUGGGCCUUAAAUGUAGUGAAGCGUGACUCUCGCCUUGGAAACGGCGUCGUGUUUUUUCCGAGUGGGAAGGAGAGGAACGCGUUAGGUUGUACAAAAAGAAAAACUGUUGUAUUACUGACGACUGAGCCUUUGAAUGUUUUGUCUGCGUUUCUGAUCAUCUUUUAAUUCUCAAUCGCCCAUUACAAUUGCCUGACAUAAGACAUUUUCUCAUCAAUACAAGUCUGGUGAUGUUGAACUGGAAAGAAAAGGAGGUUUAUCAAAUAUUUUUUUGCUUCUCUGCAAGGUGUCAACAAUCCAGAACCUCACGAAUCCAAAAUAAGUUUUGAAUAUUAUUUUUUUCAUUGAAAACUCUCAACUGAGCUCAUAGUUAAAACUCAGGUCCUAAUUUGAGCUGCAGGAUGAUACUUCUGAACUCCUGCGACCGACGAGGUGAAAUUAAUACAAAGGAUUUCUAAUGAACUGGAAAGAAAUGAAGGUUUUGGGAAACCAAAAGUGCUUGUUGCUUGAAAGAUUUUUUUUUAAAUACUUAAUUUCCACCAGUAUGUAUUUGAAAAGUAAACGUAGCUGGGACGUCAGCUGUCUGGUAAAGAAAGGUUAACUUCAGUGAUGCGUUCAAGUCCUGUCCGAAAAGGCAUUCACUAGACAGGGUUGCAGAGAGUUGGCAGAAAGGGAUCCGAGCGUUGGAGGACUUCAGAAAGAAGUUCUCUAAACAGGCAGAAACGGAGGGUAAGUGAGUAAGUUAGUAAGAGCUUUUCAUAUCAAAGAGGCUGGGACUCUUGUUCAAAGAUCUAACAGCCUUGGCAGAGAGUUUACCGAGUGUUUAAAACCGCUUUUUAAAAGACAUUUCAAAAUAACCUUGAGGUCCUUGGCUCCGGUUUGGUAGUCCUGGCAUUUACUUGUGGUUAUCGUUGCACUUUUGCAGUUUAAUUCAAGUCGAGUGAAACAUAACAGCUUGUGCACAUGAUUGAGCUGUUUGUUGGGGCAAGAAACGCAUGGAUGGAUGGGAGUGUGGGGUUAAAAACAUUGAAGAUUCCAGAAGUGCAUUUACAGUUCAAUCAUUUAAACGCAAAUUCCCGAUUGAGGGGGGAGCUUAUACACUAAUUAUAGUAAAUGAGGAGGUAGUUGUUGGCGUGCUUGUGGUAUCUUUGUGUAGCACGUCAAAAACCUCACACAUUGUACACUGUACUUUGUUUCAAUGGAGCCCCUUUUCCCUAGCCUAGGAACCAGACGAUUCUGCGAGCCCAUGUUGUGUUUGGUCUGUCGUAUGCGUCUUGCCCCCUCUCACGUUCAGACAGAUUUCCAGCAUGCCUGGACCGGGUCGGGCCAAUCACAACCGUUGAUCUAAUAUGGGGCGGGUUUGAUACGUUGACUGAUCAGAGGAGCGCCCUAUGGGAGCGCGGUUGUCAUUAAGAACCAAGAUGGCUGCCACUGAUGUGUCACACGUCUCCCGCUCUGAUUGGUUGUAGGUCUAGCCAAUUGCAUCCGAAGGCCUUUUGUUCUACGCCUUUAAAAAACAUUGAAAGUGAAAUGAGGGGUUCGAGACUAAUACGCGUUUGUGCCUUGGUCUGGCCAUGUCAGGCUGCGUUCUUCCCCUACAGAGAAGAAAACAUCUGUUUAAAUAGCAGGUAGACGUGUAUACAUGAUGCAUCGUUCAUACGUGCUAUGGGCCGGUGUCCAGAGAUGUUAUCCUUGGUAUACAGGAAAUGAUGUCAUGCAACAAGCUGGGAAAGUGAUCCAUCCAUCAGACAGAGUGACUGUGUUAACUGAUGCACUCAGCGAUGAGCUGAUUAUAUCCCUUAUUUUCAUUGGCCUGUUUUGUUUCUCUUACUUCACUCUGGCUUUAACUCUCCGACCGUUUCCAAAUGAAAACAACCGGGUUGUCGUUGACGUUGCCUGACAAGACUUUUACUGCCUAAAUUUGAGGACCCUUUGGGUUUUUAUUUUUUUCCCAUUGGAUGGGGGAAAUUGACUACCUCUGGGAAAUGCUAAUGACUAAUUGGAUGUUGAGUUUAAAGUCGGUUAACUCUGAAACAAAUCAGAGUGGACAAUGUCGUCCUCAAAACAUUGUUCUAAAUGUGCAAAUUUUAAAUAUAUAUAAAUAUCGAAUUGUGGACAUGCACUUUAAAAACAAAUAAUAAUUCUGGGGGCGAGCUCUCGUGUGGACCCCCCCCCCCCCCAAAAAAAAAAACGUUACCAUGGCUACGCUCUUAUGAAUGGAUAUAAGGACCGGCCAAAGCAUCAUCAUCACGAAUAAAUAUUCAAGUCAUUGUUUUCCUCCUGUUCAGAGGAAAUAUCAAAUCACACACAUCUAAAGGGACUUUAGUCACCUGGCCGCCAUCUUGGUUACUAGCAAAUUUAGAACCAAAAUGGCCGUUAUGUGAACGAGGCACCUGGUGCUCUGUUGACCCCCCCCCAUGUUGAGUUCAAGUUCAAGUCUUCUUCAAAACAACACUUGUCUCAGUGCCAGCUUUGAUCCAUUUCAUGUUAAAGGUCUGAGUCUAAUAAGCUCGAUGUGCAUCUUGACCCUACACCCCCACUUCACAGAGGAGAAGGACGUUUAAGACGAACCCUAGCGUGUUUGAGGUUUUGAGUGAUUGACGCUUUAUAAAUGAACUUGGGGACACAUAUUGUUGGAGUGGGAAAAGAUGUUGUGAAAAGUGUUGACGCACCCAAUAUUAAAGGCCGGAUAUUUCCUUGAUGUCAUUAAGAGUGAUCGGUUUUGCUUAUGAACACAGUCACACGGGACGCAAUGUUUCAUGUUUUUAAAGGAAUACCACAAAAGACUAUAAAAGACAUGCUAUUCCCCCUGAUGUCUAGGAAUGCCUUAAAAGGAACCCCAUCCAAACAGCUUGUGUUAAACAGUGUUCUCUAAUAUCACCAUCCGAGUACUUCAUCUUUGUCUAGAGAAGUUGAGCAUGAACGCGUUUAUUGUGCAUUUGAAGGUUACUCCAAAGCUGUGAACCUGUGCGUGUGCGUGUGUGUGUGUGGGAUCAUGUGAGGUUAACAGACAGGUGUGUGUGUGUGUGUGUGUGUGUGUGUGUGUGUGUGUGUGUGUGUGUGUGUGUGUGUGUGUGUGUGUGUGUGUGUGUGUGUGUGUGUGUGUGUGUGUGUGUGUGUGUGUGUGUGUGUGUGUUUGCUGGGGUUAUGGAUUUCUGCCAUAAUGUUGAUUACUACGCGCCAUCCAUUUGGUUCGUACCUAAAGCAAUUAUCCCAAACGCCACUAUAAUCCAAUAGAUUUAAAAAAUACACAUGAACAUAAAGCAAAGCCAUUGAUUCACUAGUUGGUCGCUUUACUUGACCGAUAGAGAGAGGCCCGCCCGACAUAGGGAGACGGAUAGACAUAUUCAGGAUUCACACACUUUAGAUUAUUGAUGGUACCUGUAUGAAUCUAUGUGGGAGCAGGCCUGAGAGUGUGAGAUUAUGUGUAACUUUUUCUUUGUUGUAAAUGUGCACAGUUUUAUGAAGUAAAAAAAAGCAGUAGAUGUAUGAUUACUAUUGAAAUAAAAUUUGAAAUGAUAACAUUUUUGUUAUUUUUAUG